AAGAAGAACAAAGUGAACGACUUUUUGUCAACAAAAGCCAAACAUCAUCAUCUCUCUCGUGUCUCUCUCUCUCUCUCGCUCGCUCGCUCAGAGCUUCACUGGUCGCAGCACUGAAAAAAUGCACCACGCCUACAUCAGACCCUCCCAAACCCGCCAGCAGCAGCACCACCACCACCACCAUGGCCACCGCCCCGCCGCCCCCAGACCCUCCUCCGCCCCGCCCCCUCCGCCGUCGUCGGCGUUCACGGUGAUCUGCGUGCUCCACGCCCUGAUCGCGCUCUUCUGCGGGUCCCUCAUGAUGUUCCACGCCCGCGCCAUCUACUCCCUCGGCCACGGCACGGACGCCGCCGAGCGCCUCCUCGGGUCCACCCCGCAGGACCGCCUCCUGAUCCGGACCUCCGACUCCUUCGCCGGCCUGCUGCUCCUCGCCAUCGGGCUCCUGCUCCUCAUGGUGUCCAACAUCAAGGACCGGGAGUUCCAGGACUUCUUCGCCAAGGGGUGCACGGCGCUGCACGUGUGCGUGGCGGUGUGGCGGGUGUCGUUCGAGCGGCGGGUGGAGGACCUGGCCGGGGACUGCCUCCGGCAGACGGUGGGGGACUUCCUGCUGGCCCUGUCGUGGGUCCUCCUCCUCGUCUACUCCUGGAGGGAGAAGUACGACUGACCCGGAAUGGGAAUCACGUCUGGCUCUCGCUGUUUUUUCUCUAUUUUCUUCUCAAACUUUGGCCAAAAUAAGGUUGUUGUAGUGUAAAAAAGAAGGCAAAAGAAAGGGAUUUUCAUCUUCUUUCCCUUUCUUUCUCUUUUUUUCAAAUUUUGGGAUCUUCUUUUUCUUUUGGGGUAAGUGGGGGUGCCUGUGAAGCUGCUGAAUCAGGUUCACGUUGUGUUAGUGUUGUAACAUCUGAGCUUUUUAAGGAAUGUAUAAAGUUUUUGGGAUA